AACUUGCUUGUGGUACAUAUGAGUAUGACUACGACUAUAAGUCUAUAACUACAGACUCUAUACAUAUGCAUGAGCAGCUAGUAGUAUACAUCAGGUAGCAAACAGAUGAAGUGUCCCUCCGAUCACUAUCCAUCCAGUACUAAAUAGACCACUCGACUAGACAUAGUCAGGGGGAGGUCAACUCUCUGUAUCUACAUAAAAAUCUGAAAAUAUAAACAUAAAUGAGACACGCACUUCUUGAAUAAGUAGCCAGAGUUCUUCAAAAUGUCGAACUCGCAACCGGAUUUAACGAAGACGAGUGCCCUCUCACCUGUCGGUGCUCUGGGCAAACCAGGCAAGCGUGGACACAGGCGAGAGGGUUCGACUGGGGAUCGCUUGCACUCGUUCUUCCAAAAGACUGUCACGACACCCGUCAACUCACUCAUAGGCACAAACAGCAGCGACAGGCGGAACAGUAUGAAAGCCUCGACAAGCGAUGAGCGGACACGCAGUGAUUGGGGUCCAGGAGUAACGGCGUAUGGGGCCGACUACACCGACUACCGCAGGAAGCUCAUGAACAUUAAGAAUGCCAAAGGAGAGCUACAGCAAGACAUGGUGGUAGAUCUGGAGCAGCUGAUGCUGCAACAAGAAGAAGUCGAUGACAAGCAUGUGCGUGACGUUGCAAUGAGUCAUGUUUUUACAAAGCUUUACUUGGUUUGA